CUUUUCCUGUGAGCUUGUGGCUGUCUUCCCGGUGACUUCCUCCAGCUGGGAGUAGGGGCUGCACUUGUGCACACUUCGGUACCCCAAAGUAACAGAGCCCCGCAAACAUGCUGCACACAAUGUGGCCUCGACUCAGAGGCUGCUCCGUGGCUUCUCUCCGCCGCCUCUACCACGGCGACAAAGUGGCCGCUAUCGGCUCCAGACCUGAUUCUAACUCCCCUGGUUACCAGGAAAGUUAUGAAAAAAUGAAAGCGCUUGUAACGGAACUCAAGGAUCGAGCAGAACAAAUCCGCCUGGGCGGGGGGGAAAAGGCCAGGACACUCCAUACGUCAAGAGGAAAACUUUUACCCAGGGAGCGGAUCGACAGACUCAUAGAUCCAGGAUCUGCUUUCCUGGAGUUUUCUCAGUUUGCUGGUUAUCAGUUGUACGGUAAAGAGGAAGUACCAGCUGGAGGUAUCAUUACUGGCAUUGGACGGAUUUCAGGGGUGGAAUGUCUGAUUGUGGCCAACGAUGCUACUGUGAAAGGCGGUUCCUACUACCCAGUAACAGUGAAGAAACAUCUCAGGGCACAAGAGAUUGCAAUGCAAAAUCAUCUGCCUUGUGUAUACUUAGUGGAUUCUGGUGGAGCAAAUCUACCUCGUCAAGCAGAUGUAUUUCCUGACCGGGAUCAUUUUGGUCGUAUUUUCUUUAACCAGGCAAGAAUGUCUUCACAAGGAAUUUCUCAGAUUGCAGUAGUGAUGGGAUCUUGCACAGCAGGAGGAGCAUACGUACCAGCUAUGGCAGACGAAAGUAUAAUUGUUCGCAAGCAAGGGACCAUUUUUUUGGGAGGGCCCCCAUUGGUGAAAGCAGCUACCGGUGAAGAAGUAUCAGCUGAAGACCUGGGUGGAGCCGAUCUGCACUGCAGGAAGUCUGGUGUGACAGAUCACUAUGCAAUAGACGACUCUCAUGCUCUUCAUCUGGCUCGGAAAGCUGUCAGAAGCCUGAAUUAUAAAAAGACUUUGGAUGUAACCAUAGAAAAACCGGAAGAACCACUUUUUCCAGCAGAUGAAUUAUAUGGAAUAGUUGGAGCUAACUUAAAAAAGAAUUUUGACGUCAGAGAAGUUAUUGCUAGGGUUGUGGAUGGAAGCAAAUUUGAUGAAUUUAAGGCAUUAUAUGGGGAUACGUUAGUAACAGGUUUUUCUAGAAUAUAUGGCUAUCCAGUCGGAAUCAUUGGAAAUAAUGGUGUUUUGUUCUCAGAAUCUGCGAAAAAGGGGACACAUUUUAUCCAGUUAUGCUGUCAAAGAAAUAUUCCUCUCCUUUUCUUGCAGAAUAUUACAGGUUUUAUGGUUGGUAGAGAAUAUGAAGCAGGAGGUAUAGCAAAAGAUGGAGCCAAAAUGGUGACCGCUGUGGCCUGUGCUAAUGUGCCAAAAAUUACAGUAAUCAUUGGAGGUUCUUAUGGGGCAGGAAAUUAUGGAAUGUGUGGGAGAGCUUAUGGCCCAAGAUUUCUUUACAUGUGGCCAAAUGCUCGUAUCUCUGUCAUGGGAGGGGAACAAGCUGCUACAGUGCUCGCUACAAUAGCUAAAGACCAGAAAGCACGAGAAGGAAAACAGUUUUCAGCAUCAGAAGAAGCUGCCUUGAAGGAACCAAUAAUUAAGAGGUUUGAAGAAGAAGGGAAUCCAUAUUAUUCAAGCGCCAGGUUGUGGGAUGAUGGCAUUAUUGAUCCAGCUGAUACCAGGCUGGUUUUGGGUUUGAGUCUCAGUGCAGCCCUUAAUGCACCAACACAGAAAACCCAGUUUGGAGUAUUUCGAAUGUGAUCUACUUUUGUUCAAAAUGAAUUCAGCCUCACUGCUAGAGACAAGAAAAAUCAAUGGACUUAAAUGUUCUAAGAUAUUGAUAUAAUGUAAAAUAAAAAAACUUUUAUACAACA